AUGUCACCCAAGAAGAAGUCAGAUGAGUCCGAGACCCAUGUGUCUGGUCAAGCCAACAAGCCGCUUUCCUUACCUCCACAUGCUUUACCUUCAAAUAAAUUCAUUGAAGAACUUGCUGUCAAUGUCGAGGACGGACUUACGUCCGCAGAGGCUAAAACUAGACUCGAGCAAUAUGGCGACAACUCCCUUGACGAAGGACCUGGAGUUCAACCAGCCAAGAUUCUCCUCAAACAAGUUGCAAAUGCAAUGAUGCUGGUCCUCUUAAUGGCAAUGGCAGUCAGUUUUGGUAUUGGUUCCUACAUCGAAGGUGGUGUUGUAUGCGCUGUUAUCAUUCUCAACGUCGUUGUCGGGUUCUUCCAAGAAUUCAACGCAGAGAAAACCUUAGACUCUUUACGCUCCUUAAGCUCUCCAACUGCGAGUGCUAUCAGAGACGGCAAGAACGAAACUGUCGCUACAGCUCAUCUUGUCCCUGGAGAUAUCGUGGAAUUAAAGACUGGGGACGUUGUCCCAGCAGACAUUCGAUUACUGGAAGUCAUGAAUUUCGAAACGGACGAGGCACUUCUUACUGGAGAGUCACUACCAGUACAAAAGGAGGCCAACGGUGUUUACGAGCAGGAUACCGGACCAGGCGACCGUUUGAAUAUCGCUUUCAGUUCUUCCACUGUUACCAAGGGUCGAGGUAGAGGAGCAGUAUUUGCGACGGGAAUGAAGACUGAGAUCGGUUCUAUCGCAGCGGCUCUCCGUGCAAGCGGUAAGAAAACAAGAGAAGUCAAGCGCAAGCCAGAUGGUUCCGCCAAACCACACCGAUAUCUGGAAGCGUGGGGUAAAACCGCAGGCGACUUCGUGGGAAUGUUCUUAGGAGUCAACGUCGGCACACCUCUACAACGUAAAUUGUCCAAAUUGGCAAUUUUACUCUUUGGAAUUGCAGUCGUAUGCGCAAUUAUCGUCUUAGGUGCCAACGAAUUCUCGCAGGAUAGAGAGAUUAUCAUUUACGCUGUUGCCACUGGUUUAUCGAUGAUUCCAGCCUCGCUGAUAGUUGUUCUUACUAUUACAAUGGCCGCUGGAACGAAACGCAUGGUUCAGCGUAAUGUUGUUGUCCGUAAAUUGGACUCCCUUGAGGCGCUAGGCGCUGUCACCGAUAUUUGCUCAGACAAGACAGGGACGCUUACCCAAGGUAAAAUGGUGGUCAAAAAGGCUUGGAUACCUGCACGUGGUACAUACUCAGUGGGCUCCAGCAAUGACCCAUUCGAUCCUACCAGUGCCGACUUGUCCCAUACCGCGACGCCUCCAAAGGACCAGAAUGCUUCAGCGGAAAAGCAAGAAACAGGGGAUGAAAAGGCGCAGUCUGCAGAUGAAUUACUAAACGACAACAACGAAAUGAAAGACUUUCUCAACAUCGCCUCCCUGGCUAAUCUGGCACAUAUUCAUAAGGCAGACGACGGUUGGAAAGCUCGGGGAGAUCCGACUGAAAUUGCGAUCCAAGUUUUUGCCUCUCGUUUCGAUUGGGGAAGGGAGAAGUUUACAGCUGGUGACUCGCCACAGUGGGAGCAGGUUGCGGAGUUUCCAUUUGAUUCCGAUGUGAAGAAAAUGAGUGUCAUUUUCAAAUCGAACACGGAUGACAACGUCAUGGUCUUUACUAAAGGCGCGGUAGAGCGUAUCCUCGGCUCUUGCGUAAAUGUGAAGAAAUCGAGUACUGCAGAACCUGAGGAUAUGACUGAGGAGUAUGAACAAGAAAUCCUCGCCAAUAUGGAAGCCUUGGCGGCGCAGGGACUUCGAGUCCUUGCUCUUGCGAGCAGGAAAUGGGACGGAGCUUCUGGUAAAAACGAACAACAAGACCGAAAUGAGGUCGAACAACAACUCACUUUCCGAGGUCUUGUCGGUUUAUAUGAUCCACCUCGACCUGAAUCCGAGGGAGCUGUACGAGAGUGCCACCAGGCCGGAAUUUCUGUUCACAUGCUGACAGGUGACCAUCCGGGUACUGCUCGAGCAAUUGCAGCCCAAGUUGGGAUUCUGCCACCAAACUCUUCUAGCUUGUCGAAGCCGAUGGCUGAUGCAAUGGUCAUGACUGCUAGUCAAUUUGAUAAGCUCUCCGAUGACCAAAUCGACGAUCUCCCUGUUUUACCACUAGUUAUAGCACGUUGUUCGCCUGCGACAAAGGUCCGCAUGAUUGAUGCUCUCCAUCGCCGAAAUUGCUUCGCUGCCAUGACAGGUGAUGGUGUCAACGACUCUCCAUCACUAAAGCGUGCUGAUGUUGGUAUUGCAAUGGGACAAGCAGGUUCAGAUGUUGCUAAGGACGCCUCCGACAUCGUUCUUACCGAUGAUAACUUUGCUUCUAUUCUCAAUGCCGUCGAGGAAGGUCGUCGGAUGUUUGACAAUAUCCAGAAAUUCAUCCUUCAUCUUCUAGGUCAAAACAUUGCCCAAGCUUGUACUCUCUUGAUCGGUCUUGCCUUCAAGGAUGAAAGCGGUCUCUCCGUCUUCCCUCUUUCGCCCGUCGAGAUCAUGUGGGUUAUCAUGGUCACUUCCGGAGCACCAGAUAUGGGUCUCGGAUUCGAACGAGCUGUAGCUGGUAUCAUGGACCGUCCGCCACAGUCACUUAAAGCUGGCGUUUUUACCAUGGAGGUAAUGGUCGACAUGUUAGUAUAUGGAUUACUCAUGGCGGCUCUAUGUCUUGCGUCUUUUUCAGUCGUCAUGUUCGGAUUUGGUGACGGCAAUCUCAGCACUGGCUGCAACGACUCAUUCGAAGGCUGCGAAACCGUAUUCCGAGCUCGAGCAACUACCUUUGUCUGCAUGACUUGGUUUUCUCUUUUUCUCGCCUGGCAAAUGAUUGACAUGCGCCGGUCGUUCUUCCGCAUGAAACCAGAUUCUCCAUACAUUUACACGCAAUGGGCUCGCGAUAUUUGGGCCAAUAAGUUCCUCUUCUGGGCUGUCAUUUUCGGAUUCGUUACUAUCUUUCCAAUUGUCUAUAUUCCAGGGUUGAACCGUGUCGUUUUCAAGCAUACGGGUAUCUCUUGGGAAUGGGGCGUGGUUGUUGUCUGUGGAAUUAUUUUUAUUGGUGGGUGCGAGGCUUGGAAAUGGGGGAAGAGAGUCUUCUUCCGCAGGCGCGCUGUCACCGGACUUAAGGGUGACUUGUCCACCAGUAUCUUCGCGAAGUACAACGCUGAAGAAUGUGCAACUCCUUGA